UUUGCUGCUAACAUCGUGAAAAUGCUCACCCAGUUUUCUACAUUCUGCUCUAUUCGUCUCCUUUUAGCCGAAAUCAGGUAAUUUGUGAGCAUCUUCUUCUACCUUUCUUUAUAGUGAGAAUGUCUUCUGAAGAAACAGUUAGUGAUGAAAGGGUUAGGGGGAGGUUUGAGGAGGUUGAGGGGAGGGAUUUGGGGGUGCCCCAAAAUAUUUUGGAGAGAGAGGAUGAAAGGGAGGAGUGUUUCAACCCCGAGGAGGAGAUUGCUUCCGAGGUUAUGGGGUAUGAGACAUCUCUGGAAAGCAGGAGUGGCUUAGCCCACUUAGUUGAAAACUGUGGGGUGCCUGAGCAUGUGUUAACUGUGAACCUUGUGAAUGCAUUGGCGAAUGAGCAUCACGAGAGUCUGAGGGAUAGAACUCAGUUAAGGAAGGAGAAUGUCGAGCUCGUCAAGAAGAACGAGGAGGCCGAGGUCAAGGUGGCAAAAUUGAAGGCGGAGAUGGAGGAACUCAAAAAGGAGAAUGCCACUUUGAAGAAAGACUCGGAGCUCUCGUACGAAAAAAGAAAAAUCUGUGAAGAUGAGCUCGAGAAGAAAGAAAAAGAGUUAGACGAGGUGGCGAAAGCAGCAGUUGAGCUGGAGCUCAAGGUUCACAACUCUGUUGAAGAGCAUGUGGCAGGAUUUUUGAAAUCUAGCACUUUCGAGGAUAUCAUCAACCUCUACCAACUCCCUACGGCAAUUGAGGGAGAAGUGGAAAAAAAUGGGGAGAGCAGUACUACUGACUUUCGUCCUAAGGUUUCGCUGAAGUGGGACAGAGACAGUAGAGGUCAAACCAUUUUACCUCCAAACUUCAGUUUUGAGUUCGUACCGGUUGCUGACGAAGGGAGUGAAGGUGUUGACAACCCAGAUCAGCCUGUUGAAUAACUCCUCAUUUCGUUCAUCUUUGUAAAAUAAUUUGUUUGUAAACAAUUAAAGUUUUAUUUAAUAAAUUUAGUUCGACAUU